GGGAGCUGGCGCGGUGGGGCGUCGGAGCCCAGGCCCGGGCUGGGUCCAUUUUCAGCCGCGGAGCCAGUGCUCGCGCUGCUCCCGCUGCCGGGUUGUCUCUUUCUGUCCUGCCUCCCUCCUCCUCCUCCUUCCCGGGGGUGACUAAGCAGCCGUGAGAAGGAAGGGAAAGCGAGGCCUGUGGGCUGGGCCUUGGCUCCCCUCCAGGUCGGUAGAGGCGCCGGGUCCCAGGCCCGGCCGGUCUGGGUAGCAGGUCCCCUGGGGCUCGGCCAGAAGCGGGCGCCCUGCUUGCCUGCCUUCUUCCCCCUUCAGAGCCGCGGGGAGGGUCCGGGCUGCGCCAGGUGGUGGGAUUGCUCGGGGUUAGGGAGAGCCAGGUUGCCGAGCCCUGGCUGCCGCCAGGAGCAGCCUGCUGGGCCUUGGUGCCGAGACCUGGUCCCUUCCCGUAGGGUGGUCACUUCCUUGCUGGAGAAUUUGGCCGCAAAUAGUUGCCAAGAUAGCUGGGCCGGGAAGAAAGCGCCGUAGCCCUGACCCCGUCGCCGUCGCCGACCCCGGGGCGCUCUGGCUGUCGAGCAAGCGCCUCAAGAUGUCUGGUGGGGCCAGUGCCAUGGGCCCCAGGAGAGGGCCCCCCGGGCUGGAGGAGGCCGCCAGCAAGAAGCAGCUGAAGGACCGAGCAAACCAGGAGAGCAAGGAUGGAGACCCUAGGAGAGGAGGGUCCGUGUCCACUCCCCAGGAGGAGCAGACCAAAGAGGAGGUGCUGCUCGACUGGCAGCAGGACGCGGACGAGGUGACGGUCAAGCUGCGCGCGGGAGCGGGCCCCCUGCGGCUGGAGGAGGUGGACGCUGCUUUCACAGACACAGACUGCUUGGUGCGGUUUCCAGGUGGCCAGCAGUGGGGCGGUGUUUUCUAUGCCGAGAUCGAAAAUUCUCGCGCCAAAGUGCAGGCUCGAAAAGGUGGCCUCCUCCAGCUGGCGCUGCCCAAGAAGGUGCCUCUGCUCACCUGGCCUUCUCUUCUGAAGAAACCUCUAGGGAUGCAGGAGUCGGGGCCAGGGCUGCGGUGCCAGGAGAACGGGCAGGAGUCCUCUCCCAUUGCCCUGGAGCCAGCCCCUGAGCCCCGCCGGGCAAAGCAGGAGGCCCGGAACCAGAAGCGGGCCCAGGGCCGUGGUGAGGUGGGGGCGGGGGCUGGCCCCGGGGCCCAGGCAGGGCCCAGUGCCAAGAGGGCUGUGCAUCUCCGAAGAGGGCCAGAGGGGGAAGGAUGCAGAGAAGGCCCUGGGCCCCAGGGCGAGGCCCCCCCGUUCCUGGCUGAGGCAGCCACCCAGGCGGGGGCUGAGGAGCCGCUCCGGGUCCCACCGCUGGAGCCCCAGCCCUGCCUCCUGGGCUCGGAGGAGAAGCCAGCGCUUCUGGCAGGAGAGAAGGCAGCGUCCCCCAGGAGUGACCCAGUCUCUCCAGCCCUCACCCGGAGCAGAGCCCCCGAGAAAGGUGACCGUUCCAGAGAGGAGAUGGCAGUGGCAGCAGACGCUGCAUCCUUGGUGGAUGAGCCGGAACCCAUGGUGAGCCUGGCGUUUGUCAAGAACGACUCGUACGAGAAGGGGCCUGACGCGGUGGUGGUGCACGUGUACGUGAAGGAGAUCUGCAGGGAGGCCUCGCGAGUGCUUUUCCGCGAGCAGGACUUCACGCUCGUCUUCCAGACCAGGGACGCGAACUUCCUGAGGCUGCACCCGGGCUGCGGGCCCCACACCGUCUUCCGCUGGCAGGUGAAGCUCAGGAACCUGAUCGAGCCCGAGCAGUGCACCUUCUGCUUCACGGCCGCGCGCAUCGACAUCUGCCUCCGGAAGCGGCAGAGUCAGCGCUGGGGGGGCCUGGAGGCCCCAGCUGCACGAGGUGCAGUGGGUGGUGCAAAGGUUGCCGUGCCGACAGGCCCAACCCCUCUGGACUCGACCCCCCCAGGGGGUGCUCCGCACCCCCUGACAGGCCAGGAGGAAGCCCGGGCUGUGGAGAAGGAGAAGCCCAAGGCUCGAGCUGAGGACGCAGGGCUGGAUGGCGUGGCGGCCCGCACCCCCAUGGAGCAUGGAGCCCCCAAGCCAGAGCCACACUUGACCUCACCCAAGCCCACGUGCAUGGUGCCCCCCAUGCCGCACAGCCCUGUGAGUGGGGACAGCGUGGAGGAGGAGGAGGAGGAGGAGAAGAAGGUGUGCCUGCCGGGCUUCACCGGGCUGGUCAACCUGGGCAACACCUGCUUCAUGAACAGCGUCAUCCAGUCUCUGUCCAACACCCGCGAGCUGCGGGACUUCUUCCACGGUGAGGGCAGGCCCGGCCCCCGCGGACCUGGCUUCCCCUGGCAGGGCCCGGGGCUCCGUGCUCAGCCCUCCCCCUGCUUCCAGGCCAUUGUCGCCAGCAAGGCCAGCCAGUUCACGGGCUACGCCCAGCACGACGCCCAGGAGUUCAUGGCUUUCCUGCUGGAUGGGCUGCACGAGGACCUGAACCGCAUUCAGAACAAGCCCUACACGGAGACCGUGGACUCGGACGGGCGGCCCGAUGAGGUGGUGGCUGAGGAGGCGUGGCAGAGGCACAAGAUGCGGAACGACUCCUUCAUCGUGGACCUGUUCCAGGGCCAGUACAAGUCGAAGCUGGUGUGCCCCGUGUGCGCCAAGGUCUCCAUCACCUUUGACCCCUUCCUCUACCUGCCGGUGCCCUUGCCCCAGAAGCAGAAGGUCCUCCCCGUCUUCUUUUUCGCCCGGGAGCCGCACAGCAAGCCCAUCAAGUUCCUGGUGAGCGUCAGCAAAGAGAACUCGAGCGCGAGCGAAGUGCUGGACGCCCUCUCGCAGCGGGUCCAUGUGCCGCCCGAGAACCUGCGUCUGACCGAGGUGAUGAAGAGCCGCUUCCACCGCAUGUUCCUGCCCUCCCACUCUCUGGACACCGUGUCCCCCUCGGACCUGCUCCUCUGCUUCGAGCUGUUGUCCCCAGAGCUUGCUAAGGAGCAGGUGGUGGUGCUGGAGGUGCAGCAGCGCCCCCAGGUGCCCAGCAUCCCCAUCUCCAAGUGCGCAGCCUGCCAGCGGAAGCAGCAGCCCGAGGACGAGAAGCUGAAACGCUGUACCCGGUGCUACCGCGUGGGCUACUGCAACCAGCUCUGCCAGAAAACCCACUGGCCUGACCACAAGGGCCUCUGCCGCCCUGAGAACAUCGGCUACCCCUUCCUGGUCAGCGUACCUGCCUCCCGUCUCACUUACGCCCGACUCGCCCAGUUGCUGGAGGGCUAUGCCCGGUAUUCUGUGAGCGUCUUCCAGCCGCCCUUUCAGCCGCCCUUCCAGCCUGGCCGCAUGGCCUUGGAGCCCCCUGGCUACCCCACGCUGCACUCCACUAGCCUCCCGGAGGCUGGGGACAGCGAGAGGGACUCCAUGCCGCCGCCGGAGCUCCAGGUGGUGACUCCCGUGGCUGAGGGGGACACGGUGCCCCGGGCAUGGGCAGCCCCGGAUCGGGGACCUGUGCCCAGCACCAGUGGCAUUUCUUCUGAGAUGCAGGCCAGCGGGCCCAUUGAAGGGGGCUCCUUGCCUGCUGGUGAGAAGGUGCCCCGGCCCGAAGCUGCUGUGCCCGGGUACCAACACCCAAGUGAAGCCAUGAAUUCCCACACGUCCCAGUUCUUGAUCUAUAAAAUCGACGCAUCCAGCCGAGAGCAGCGGCUAGAGGAUAAAGGAGACGCCCCGCUGGAGCUGGAAGAGGACUGCAGCCUGGCUCUCGUCUGGCGCAACAACGAUCGCCAGCAGGAGUUCGUGCUGGUGCUCUUCACGCGGCCUGAAGUGCUGGCCCCGGAGGAGGCUUGGUACUGCCCGCAGUGCAAGCAGCACCGCGAGGCCUCCAAGCAGCUGCUGCUGUGGCGCCUGCCCAACGUGCUCAUCGUGCAGCUCAAGCGCUUCUCCUUCCGCAGCUUCAUCUGGCGCGACAAGAUCAACGACUUGGUGGAGUUCCCUGUCCGGAAUCUGGACCUGAGCAAGUUCUGCAUCGGCCAGAAGGAGGAGCAGCUGCCCAGCUAUGACCUGUACGCUGUCAUCAACCACUAUGGAGGCAUGAUCUUCUCCACCGCCUGCGCCCGCCUGCCCAACGACCGCAGCAGCCAGCGCAGCGACGUGGGCUGGCGCUUGUUUGACGACAGCACAGUGACAACGGUGGACGAGAGCCAGGUCGUGACGCGUUACGCCUACGUCCUCUUCUACCGCCGGCGGAACUCUCCUGUGGAGAGACCCCCCCGGGCAGGCCACGCCGAGCGCCACCCAGACCUCGGCCCUGCAGCUGAGGCUGCUGCCAGCCAGGGACUAGGCCCUGGCCAGGCCCCCGAGGUGGCCCCCACGCGGACAGCCCCUGAACGCUUCGCCCCCCCUGUGGACCGCCCAGCCCCCACCUACAGCAACAUGGAGGAGGUCGAUUAGCAGGUCCCUGGCUGGUGGGGGCACGGUUUGGGAAUCCUCCAUAAAAGGCCAGCUCUUUGCCGCUUCUCCUCUAACCCAGAGGACACUGGCUUCAUCAGUGGGGAGUUGGGGGGUGACAAGGGUGGAACCUCGCAGGUUGGGACCUCUUGUCAGCCCGAACCCCAAACCAGUGAGCCUGGGCUCUCCAGUCACCCUCAGUGCUGUGGGAUUUGAUUCUCAGUUGUACCUUCAGUUCUUUCUGAUUCGCAUUAUAAACAUCAUAAUUUUAUUCUAAAA